AGUGGGAAAAGGAACUCAACACUACACAACAACACACAAUCAAUUACUUCUUCUUCUCUCUUAUUUAACCAUUUUCUAUUUAUUAUUGUAAUCUAAUUUGGCGUCUUAGCUUGAGUGUGCAACUUUAAUCUGCAACCUUUCUAGAAUCACAAUGCACUGUUUUGGUUUCCCUUUUAUCUUUUCCAUUAAUACUUCUUCUCCUUCAUCUCUUCGCCAUCACCAUCUUUAACCAGCACCCCUCCCCUCCCCUCCUUUUUUUUUUCUUUCUUCUAUAAUUUAAUCACCACAUUACUGAUCAAUCAACUAGAUCUGGGUUGUUUUUACAACCGAACAUUAAUACAACACUAAUUGAUAAAAGAUUCAGUCUUUCUAGUAAUAAUAAUAUUCACGGGUCGGGGUCGGGGUCGGGGUCGGUAUGAAAGCUUCUCACAAAGAUCCGGAGAAGCUGAUUUGGGAUCAGAUGAGACCACCGACUUCUGUCAAUGGCGUUGCUAUUAAAGGUCUUUUUCCUAAACUUAUGCUUUGGCUUAUUCUCUCUGUUUUCGUCACUUACCUUGUUUAUACCUUAAAAUUCAUCUCUCAUCCUUACAAAUGCGAAUACUCUUCUGAUUCCCACAUCUUUCUCUCUUCUCCAAUACAAAACAACAAUGGAAUUGCACUCACAAAACCCGAACCCGAAUCUGAACUGAAACGUAUACCCGAACCCGAACCCGGACCCACUACUUUAUCCCAUAUAGUAUUCGGCAUUGGCGGGUCAGCUUCAUUGUGGGAAGGAAGAAAGAAUUACAUUAAGAUUUGGUAUAAAAAAUCAGAGAUGAGAGGCAUCGUAUGGUUAGACGGUGAUGUAAGCAAAGGCGAUGAUGACGAAGAAGAUUCUCUCCCAGAGGUAAGAAUCUCGGAGGACACCUCAAAGUUUAGGUACACGAACAAGCAAGGUCAUCGGUCAGCGAUUAGAAUAUCGAGGAUAAUAUCGGAGACAUUAAGGUUAGGAUUGAAAAACGUAAGGUGGUUCGUUUUAGGGGACGACGACACCGUUUUUGUGACAGAGAAUUUGGUGAGAGUAUUAAAUAAGUAUGAUCAUAGAGAGUAUUAUUAUAUAGGGAGUAAUUCUGAGAGUCAUUUGCAGAAUAUUUAUUUCUCAUAUGCAAUGGCUUAUGGUGGUGGUGGGUUUGCAAUAAGCUAUCCUUUAGCUGUUGCUUUAGAGAAAAUGCAAGAUAGGUGUAUUCAAAGGUAUCCUGUUCUUUAUGGUAGUGAUGAUCGAAUGCAAGCUUGCAUGGCUGAACUCGGUGUUCCACUCACUAAAGAACUCGGUUUUCAUCAGUACGAUGUGUAUGGCAACUUGUUUGGACUGCUAGCAGCACACCCUGUAACUCCAUUUGUCACUCUGCAUCACUUGGACGUGGUUGAGCCCAUCUUUCCUAAUGCCACUCAGGUACAAGCCUUACAGCGCCUUAAAAUCCCAAUGAAGUUGGAUUCUGCUGGGCUAAUGCAGUAAAUAUUAUUGAUUAAA